AUGUGCAGGUUGGUCAAAUGGGGAGGGGGACGGGAGACAAGGCUGGACACAGAGAGCUUCUCUAAAACAGAUUCUUUAUGGAUUAAUUCUCAUGUUCAUGUACUGGGGACUUUCUACCAUUAUCAUUAACUAACAUCAGAUAGGUUCUGUUAGAGAUGUGAGGGAGGCUGCUCUAAGACAGUCAUGUUAUUAAACCUGGCAGUAUAGACCACAUCAGAGAACUCUCAGGAGGCUGCUCUAAGACAGUCAUGUUAUUAAACCUGGCAGUAUAGACCACAUCAGAGAACUCUCAGGAGACUGCUCUAAGACAGUCAUGUUAUUAAACCUGGCAGUAUAGACCACAUCAGAGAACUCUCAGGAGGCUGCUCUAAGACAGUCAUGUUAUUAAACCUGGCAGUAUAGACCACAUCAGAGAACUCUCAGGAGGCUGCUCUAAGACAGUCAUGUUAUUAAACCUGGCAGUAUAGACCACAUCAGAGAACUCUCAGGAGACUGCUCUAAGACAGUCAUGUUAUUAAACCUGGCAGUAUAGACCACAUCAGAGAACUCUCAGGAGACUGCUCUAAGACAGUCAUGUUAUUAAACCUGGCAGUAUAGACCACAUCAGAGAACUCUCAGGAGACUGCUCUAAGACAGUCAUGUUAUUAAACCUGGCAGUAUAGACCACAUCAUAUACAGUGGGGAGAACAAGUAUUUGAUACACUGCCGAUUUUGUAAGUUUUCCUACUUACAAAGCAUGUAGAGGUCUGUAAUGUUUAUCAUAGGUACACUUCAACUGUGAGAGACGGAACACAAUACACAUGGAAAAUGAACUUCUUCCAUUUUCUAAUAAUUGCGCCAACAGUUGUUGCCUUCUCACCAAGCUGCUUGCCUAUUGUCCUGUAGCCCAUCCCAGCCUUGUGCAGGUCUACAAUUUUAUCCCUGAUGUCCUUACACAGCUCUCUGGUCUUGGCCGUUGUGGAGAGGUUGGAGUCUGUUUGAUUGAGUGUGUGGACAGGUGUCUUUUAUACAGGUAACGAGUUCAAACAGGUGCAGUUAAUACAGGUAAUGAGUGGAGAACAGGAUGGCUUCUUAAAGAAAAACUAACAGGUCUGUGAGAGCCGGAAUUCUUACUGGUUGGUAGGUGAUCAAAUACUUAUGUCAUGCAAUAAAAUGCAAAUUAAUUACUUAAAAAUCAUACAAUGUGGUUUUCAGGAUUUUUGUUUUAGAUUCCGUCUCUCACAGUUGAAGUGUACCUAUGAUAAAAAUUACAGACCUCUACAUGCUUUGUAAGUAGGAAAACCUGCAAAAUCGGCAGUGUAUCAAAUACUUGUUCUCCCCACUGUAACUCUCAGGAGGCUGCUCUAAGACAGUCAUGUUAUUAAACCUGGCAGUAUAGACCACAUUGACUUAUUCCCAUUUGUCAUUGUUGCCAUGCCACUCCUAUCCCCACAGAGACAAAGGCUGGGACUCUAACAUCCAUAACAUUGGUGCACAACCCAUUCCACCCCACUGGCCACAGUCAUUGUUCCAAACAAUCAGAUCUGCCUUCCUGGGAAAAACUUUUAAAAGGCACAUGUCACAUUUCGUAAGAAGUGCAAAAUUAUUUUAAGACCACAGAAAAAGCCUCUGAGGUUUUCUCCUUUAAUGUCUGUAACUGUGUUCUGAUGUUUCGGUCAGUUUAUUCAUGGUUUCAAUCACCCAGAUAUUUGUUUAGGGCCCUUGUAAAGAUCGAGCUGAACAAGAAACACAGUCACCAAAGAGCCUCUCAGUUGGUUGGAUUGGUCCUGUGAUGUCACAGUACUGCUAAAAAGCGUGUGUGUGUGCGCGUCUCUCUCUGUGUACCCCCCCCCCCCCCCCCCCCCCCCCCCAGGUGCAGCGUGGCGAGCAGCAGUGUAGCUCCUCAUCAGGACCUUGCGGUGUGGACUCGUCCUCCCGUCACAGCGGGGUCCAGGACAGUGGGUUCGGCAGUGACAGCGCCAGGAUCCGUAUUGUCCAGAUAGAGCAUCAGAGUGGAGCCUCCCACCACCGCAUCGCUAGACCCUCCAGGAAGUCCACCAUCAUCAAGAACCUCUCCUUCAUCCCCUUCGACAUCUUCCUGACCGCUAGUAAACUCUCUCUCAUGACCUAUGCCUGCUCUACUCUAGCCAAGGCCCCUAAAGAGACCCCCCCCGCCUCGCCUGAGAAGAAGGAUGGAGACAGGACGACAGGGAAGAGUGCCCUGAACCAGCCAGACACCCCGGGCUACACCACCCCUACCCCAGCCCCAGCCUCCUCCUCCCCCAACCCAGGCCCUCCUACCCUGGUCCCUCUCUCAGGCCUGACAGCAGAGGACCUCCUGAACAGUAACACCUCUCCCCAGCCCCAGGGGCCCCGCGGCUCCCUGCUCUCCCUGGACUCCCUGCCUGCCCCCAGCCGCUCCUCAGCCCGCCAGGCCCUGGGGGUCACCAUCGUGAGGCAGCCUGGGAGGAGAGGGGCUGGAGACCUGGUCCUGGAGCCUCUACUCUACAUCCAGGUUGUCCAACCCUCUGCCCUGCUCAGCUGUCACCACCGUAAACAGAGGAUGGAAGCGUCCGUGUUCGAUGUGGCUCUGAGGGGAGUCUCCUCCGACUAUAAGUGUCUGGGUGAGAAGAGGGGGACUUGAGCUUGUGUAGCUUUUGAUGUAUCACGGUCACUUUCAAAAUAAUAAUAUCAUCUCUCUCUUUUCUAUUUUCUCUCUUUCUCUCUUUAUUUGUUAUCUUUUCUCUCUCUUUCUCUCUCACUCUCGCUCUCUCUCUCUCACGCUCCCUCCCUCUCUCUCUCUCGCGCUCCCUCCCUCCCUCUCUCUCUCUCGCGCUCCCUCUCCCUCUCCUCCUCUCUCCAGAUCCAGGGAAGUCUCUCCCGGAGGCGUUAGACUACAGUGUGUUCUGGCUCCAGACAGUAGCAGGAGAGACUGACAGUCAGACAGGCAUCCCCCCUCCUCUGGCCUUUCUACAGAUCAAAGACUUCCUCAAUGGACCAGGUGAGGAGAGCUGUACUGAACUCACACACACUCAAUUCACACACACUCUACAGUACACACAGUCUAUACUCACGCCCUACACACACACACACACACACACACACACACACACACACACACAGCUGUGUUUUCCUGAAAUGUCAGGACUUUUUGGAGUAUACAAUGUUUUCGCCAUUAGAAAUCUUAUUUUCCCUAAUCUCUAACCCUAACCCUAACCCUAAAACCCUAAACCUAACCCUUAAGCUUAAAAUAGCAUUUGAACAAAUUCAGGACCUGAAAAAAGUUAUUUAGUUAUAGUUUUCCUUCCUUGUCAGGACAUGAAGGUGAAAUGUGAGAACAUUGGGGUCCUGAUAAUGUAGGAAAACAAGUGCACACACACUCACACACACUCACUCUCAAGUUAAAAGCAUCAGUUCUCAACUCCUGUCAGGGGAGAUGUCCACUGCUGUUCAUCAGCUAAGCAUGGAGCCACUCAUGGACAUUAGAAGGGUUUGAAGUACUGAAGCAUCUCUGCAGGGAGUCCAACCCCACAACCCCACACAUUCACCUCCAGAGGCUGACACAUCACACACAAAGACUUCCUUCUCUGCUCUGUGUCCAGAUGAUGACAUCUCUCUGUAGGAUGUCUCUCUGUAGGACGUCUCUCUCUAGGAUGUCUCUCUGUAGGAUGUCUCUCUGUAGGACGUAUCUCUGUAGGAUGUCUCUCUGUAGGAUGUCUCUCUCUAGGAUGUCUCUCUGUAGGACGUCUCUCUGUAGGACGUCUCUCUGUAGGACGUCUCUCUGUAGGAUGUCUCUCUAUAGGACGUAUCUAUGUAGGAUGUCUCUCUGUAGGAUGUCUCUCUGUAGGAUGUCUCUGUAGGACGUCUCUCUGUAGGACGUCUCUCUAUAGGACGUAUCUAUGGAGGAUGUCUCUCUGUAGGAUGUCUCUCUGUAGGAUGUCUCUCUGUAGGAUGUCUCUGGGCUGUCUCUCUGUAGGACGUCUCUCUGUAGGAUGUCUCUCUGUAGGACGUCUCUCUGUAGGAUGUCUCUCUGUAGGAUGUCUCUCUGUAGGAUGUCUCUCUGUAGGACGUAUCUCUGUAGGAUGUCUCUGAGCUGUCUCUCUGUAGGAUGUCUCUCUGUAGGAUGUCUCUCUGUAGGAUGUCUCUCUGUAGGAUGUCUCUCUGUAGGAUGUCUCUCUGUAGGACGUCUCUCUGUAGGACGUCUCUCUGUAGGACGUAUCUGAGCUGUCUCUCUGUAGGAUGUCUCUCUGUAGGAUGUCUCUCUGUAGGAUGUCUCUAGGAUGUCUCUCUGUAGGAUGUCUCUCUGUAGGACGUAUCUCUGUAGGAUGUCUCUGAGCUGUCUCUCUGUAGGAUGUCUCUCUGUAGGAUGUCUCUCUGUAGGAUGUCUCUCUGUAGGACGUAUCUCUGUAGGAUGUCUCUGAGCUGUCUCUCUGUAGGACGUCUCUCUGUAGGACGUCUCUCUGUAGGACGUCUCUCUGUAGGAUGUCUCUCUGUAGGAUGUCUCUCUGUAGGACGUAUCUCUGUAGGAUGUCUCUGAGCUGUCUCUCUGUAGGAUGUCUCUCUGUAGGAUGUCUCUCUGUAGGAUGUCUCUAGGAUGUCUCUCUGUAGGACGUCUCUCUGUAGGAUGUCUCUGGGAUGCCUCUCUGGGAUGUCUCUCAGUAGGAUGUCUCACACACCUCACAUACACACACACACACCAGACACACACCAGACGCACACACACACCAGACACACACCAGACACAACAACACAAACAAACAAAAAACAAACAACACACACAAACACGACACACAACACACACACACACCACACCACACACACACCACACCACACACACACACACACACCACCACACACACCAGACACACACCACAUACACCAGACACACACACACACACACACACCACACACACCACACCACACACACACACACACACACACACACCACACACACACACACACAACACACACACACACACACACACACACACAACACACACACACACACACACACACACCCAACACCACACACACCAGACACACACACACACACACCACACACACACCAGACACACACACACACACACACACACCACACACACACACACACACACACACACACACACACACACACACACCACACACACACACACACACACACCCACACAAGCACAUACAAACCCACAUGUUCAGCUAUGUGAGUGCUGUCUUGAGGUCCAAUCAAUUCAGAUCCUGUAUGUGGUGGACAUAUUUCUGUCAUGUCCUCUAACCUUCAUUGUCAGUUGUGGUUCUUGUGAGAGACUGCACAGGAUGUCUGAUGGUCUUGUAGUGAUUAAGUUAUUAUGUAAAACAUGAUUACCUGGCGGUACUGUAGAUAGUUAUGUAGUUACAUGACUAACUAUGCUGUGGCUUUGUAGAUCAGUGAGAUCAUAUCAAUCCAUGGGUUCAGUAACACUGAGCUGUUCACCUUGAACCGUUGAAGAGACAGCAGCCUUGUCUGGAGCAUGACACACACACACACACACACACACACACACACACUAGGUUCAGAAAGGAUCCAGGCCCAGUGAGGGAUAGCCCUGCGUCAGGUUCUGUCCUUACAUGCUACUACUGGUCCCUCCCUCCCUCUCCUCCCUCCCUCCCUCCCUCCCUCCCUCCCUCCCUCUCCCCCCACUCCUCCCUCCCUCCCUACCCGCUCCCCCCUCUACUCCCUCCAUCCCUCCCUCCCUACCCGCUCCUCUCUCCCUCCCUCCCUCACCCCUAUCUACCUCCCUUUAGAAACACGGGAGACUCGAGAGUGGAGGAGGAAGGCAUUCUCAAUUAGCUGUGCUGUUUGGUUUACUGGCUCUGGAGGAGAGCAGACUCUUCCUGUGGAUGGAGUGAGGGAGGGAGGGAGAGAGGGAGAGAGGAGAGCAGCCUCUUCCUGUGGAUGGAGAGAGGGAGGGAGGGAGGGAGGGAGGGAGGUAGAGGGAUGGAGAGCAGCCUCUUCCUGUGGAUGGAGGGAGGGAGGGAGAGAGGAGAGCAGCCUCUUCCUGUGGAUGGAGAGAGGGAGGGAGGGAGAGAGGAGAGCAGCCUCUUCCUGUGGAUGGAGAGAGGGAGGGAGGGAGGGGAGGAGAGAGGAGAGCAGCCUCUUCCUAUGGAUGGAGUGAGGGAGGGAGGGAGGGAGGAGAGGAGAGCAGCCUCUUCCUGUGGAUGGAGGGAGGGAGGGAGGGGAGAGAGGAGAGCAGCCUCUUCCUGUGGAUGGAGAGAGGGAGGGGGGAGGGAGGGAGAGAGGUGA